AUGCCUGGACUUACGAAUCGCGACUCCCACAUGGGUUUCAAGCCACUAGGAUCAUACCCACCCACCGGAAUCGAUGUCCUCGUCGUUGGAACUGGUCUAGGUGGACUUUCUGCUGCGCUGGAAUGCAAGCGCAAAGGCCACGAGGUCCGAGUGCUUGAGCGAAACGCCGACAUUAAUGUAGCUGGACUUGAUCCUAACCUUGCACCUGGGGAGUUUCAAAUGCGCCCGCUGGUUUACAGGAUGUUCCUCGAUGCCGUUGUAAGGACUGGUAUCAAAAUCGAGUUCAACCGGAAGGUAGUGGACUACUUUGAAGACGUUAGAAAGGGGGGCUGUGUUACUGAUGAUGGCACGCGGUACGAAGCAGACGUUGUGAUUGCGGCCGACGGAGUUGGCCCCGAAGAGCCAAGCUAG